AUCGGUUACAUCAGUGUAGCUAGCUGAAGGCUUCAUGUGAGGGGCAUCAGUACCGCUAUGGAAAGGACUCUCUGACCUCGGUGAAACCUACCUUUGGAAGUAGCCCUAGCUGAGGCGGUGACCUUCAGUUGCAGGAAGACAUCCUGAGACCAUGUUGGCACGUCUGUUCAGGCUCCAUGGCCUGCUGGUGGCCUCUCACCCCUGGGAGGUCAUAGUGGGGACCCUGGCUCUCACUGUGUGCCUUGUGUCCAUGAACAACCUCGCAACCAGCAGCCAGAUGUGCAGCUGGAAUGAGUGCCCCAAAGUCGAGGAGAAAGUUCACAGCAGUGACAUUAUCAUUCUGACUGUCACCCGCUGCAUGGCCAUCAUUUAUAUCUAUUUCCAGUUCAAGAAUCUCCGACAACUGGGAUCCAAAUAUAUACUAGGUAUUGCAGGAUUAUUUACAGUGUUUUCCAGCUUUGUUUUCAGUACAGUGGUCAUCCAUUUCUUUGGGAAAGAGCUGACAGGCCUCAAUGAAGCCCUGCCGUUCUUUCUCCUGCUCAUUGACCUGUCCAAAGCCUGUGCUUUAGCCAAAUUUGCGCUCAGCUCGAACUCUCAGGAGGAGGUGAGGGAGAACAUCUCAGAGGGCAUGGCCAUCCUGGGCCCCACGUUCACCCUCGAUGCUCUGGUCGAGUGUCUGGUUAUAGGAAUUGGCACCAUGUCAGGUGUGCCUCAGUUAGAGAUCAUGUGCUGUUUUGGCUGUAUGUCUGUUCUGGCCAAUUAUUUCGUCUUCAUGACGUUCUUCCCUGCGUGUGUCUCCCUGGUCCUGGAGCUGUCAAGGGAAAGCCGCGAAGGCCGUCCCAUCUGGCAGCUGAGUCACUUUGCCCGUGUGCUGGCUGAAGAGGAGGAUAACAAGCCCAACCCUGUGACCCAAAGGGUGAAAAUCAUUAUGUCUCUGGGCUUAGCUUUGGUUCAUGCACACACUCGACUAUUAUCCGAGCACUCGGGUCAGAAUCGCACAGAAGAGUUACCCAUACCGAAGAGACUGAUCUCUGGUGGUACCCAGUGGCCUGUAAAGCUCAGCAGCAUGGACCUGGAGCAGGUGAUAACCCUGGGUCUCGCUCUGCUUCUGGCUGUGAAAUAUGUCUUCUUUGAGCAAGCAGAGACAGAGUCUUCACUGUCCCUCAAGAGUCCCAUUAUCAGCUCCCCUCCAACCCAGAAGCCCUGGAUGGCCGAGGACUGCUGCAGGAAGGAACUCCCAACCCCAAAACCCCAGAAGACCUCAAAUGGUAGCUUGGCAACCAGUCCUACCUUCUUGGCUGUCUCCGACUGUAAACUUUCCCCUGAGGCAGACGUGGUUUUCAAAGAGAAGGAAGUGACUCAGCCUUCAGCAGCCUGUGGUUCCUGUUCUGAGGAGUCCCUCGCUCAGACACCUUGUGCUCCUCAAAGUGUUUCAGAGCCCCGGUCGCUGGAGGAGUGCAUGGCCAUCCUCUCAGAUCCACAGGGAGGCGCCCAUUUGCUCAGCGAUGCAGAGGUGAUGACCCUCGUAACCUCAUGUAAAAUCCUGAACUACAAACUGGAAGCUGUCCUUGAGACUCCAGAGAGGGGCGUAGCCAUCAGGAGACAAAUGUUAUCACCCAAACUGCCCGUGGCCACUGCCUUGGCUUGUCUGCCUUAUAAGGACUACGACUACUCAAAGGUGAUGGGUACUUGCUGUGAGAACGUUAUCGGCUUCAUGCCGGUGCCAGUAGGUGUGGCUGGGCCUCUUCUGUUGGAUGAAAAGCAGUUUUACGUUCCUAUGGCGACCACAGAGGGCUGCCUGGUAGCCAGCACUAACAGAGGAUGCAGAGCGCUUUCUCUGAGCGGGGGCUGCAGCAGCAGGAUCCUGGCUGACAGCAUGACCAGGGGUCCUGUAGUGAGGCUGCCCUCAGCCUGCCGGGCUGCAGAGGUCAAAGUCUGGCUUGAGACCUCUGAUGGAUUUAGCCUGAUCAAAGAGGCCUUCGACCAGACCAGCAGGUUUGCUCGUCUGGAAAAGCUGCUGGUGUGCAUAGCUGGCAGAAACCUGUACAUUCGCUUCCAGUCCCUGACAGGGGACGCCAUGGGCAUGAACAUGCUCUCCAAGGGGACUGAGCAUGCUCUGCGCAGACUCCAGCAACAGUAUCCAGAUGUAGAGGUGCUGUCAGUCAGUGGCAACUACUGCAUCGACAAGAAGUCUGCUGCCAUUAACUGGAUCAUGGGCCGGGGCAAGUCUGCUGUGUGUGAGGCCACCAUUCCUGCCAAAGUGGUCCGGGAGGUGCUGAAGAGCAGUACAGCUGCUCUGGUGGAGCUGAACAUCAGUAAGAACCUGGUGGGCUCAGCCAUGGCUGGCAGUAUAGGGGGCUUUAAUGCUCACGCUGCCAACAUUGUAGCAGCCAUCUACAUCGCCUGUGGACAGGACCCGGCUCAGACGGUGGGCAGCUCCAACUGUAUCACUCAGAUGGAGCCUGCUGGUCCGGCAGGGGAGGACCUGUACAUCAGCUGCACUAUGCCCUCCAUAGAGCUGGGAACAGUGGGAGGAGGCACCAACCUGCCUCCACAGCAGGCCUGUCUGCAGAUGCUUGGUGUUCAAGGCACUAGUCCGGAGCAGCCGGGUGAGAACGCCCGCCAGCUGGCCCGUGUGGUUUGUGCCACCGUCCUGGCGGGGGAGCUCUCCCUGAUGGCAGCUCUCGCCGCCGGACACCUCGUCAAGAGUCACAUGACCCACAACAGAUCUAAAACCAACCUGGCAGAGAUACCUUCAAAGUCGAGUGCGUGACAUGAAGCGAUGGUGCAUCCUGAGUGGACGAGAGCCGCAGCCAACAGCAGGAACCUUUGCUGUGAUGAUGUGGUUCUGGAGGAGCGCUGUGGGACGUCCUCAUAUCACAGACUGCUAUUAAACAGCCAACAUGUGCUUGCUUUGUGUGCCACCUGACUGAUUGCAAGACUUUUUGGGGUUGAAAUGUUUCGUUGCGACUAAUUUGUGCCAUUUGUCUGCAUCUGGAACUUUUUUUUUUAGUGUUCAAGAAAGCUGUUAUUAUUGGUCUGUUAGACCACUGUGAAUCACUGAUAGUGUUCGGAUCGCUCAAGAAUCCUGUGCCUCUGAAGAGUGGCACGACCAAAAGCGAACGGCUUUUCCCAUCAGAGGACGGAUGCAACUUCUGACUAAAUUCUUGUAUGGGUUUUACAUGUGGAAUGCAUGAAGUGCGAUCAAGAGACAAAAACAGAAAUGGAUCUUUGCACUCGCCAAAAGCUUGCUUGAGACAGCGCUGUUGAUGUAAUGAUGACUUGUGUUCAAAAUGCCAACUUAAUGCCUGAAUGUAUGUUGUACUAACAGUGUGGUAGAAUGAAUGAAGGUGCUACUGUAUACUGUGUAUACUGUAGAUUGACCGAACCUGUUGGACUUCUUGUUUCUAAGAAAAAACACAACAGACAUUAGUUUUUGGUCAGAGCGUGGUUCUGAUCAACCACCUACCAACACGAGUUGUUCGGUGCGAGUUUCUUUUUAAGUUAAAGAAAAAUGAAAGCCAUAUUAGUUUAUUAAAUUUAUACGGUACACUAUAUGUGCACAGCUAUUGGAGGAUUUAUUGGAAUGGGAGUGGAAAAAAGGUUCUUGUAUCGUCAUUUUCAGAAAGCGCUGGAGCUAAGAAGUGGCCUUACAUAAGAGACGUCUUAGCACGCUUUAGAUAGAAUAUCCAAUUUUCAAGCUAAAAAUGUCAAGAUUGUUCUAUGUCUUAUUUAAGAAAUAAAUAACACUACCCUA